AUGCUAGCUGUUAGCAUGGCGAAGUGCGUGGUAUCGUGUUGUCCUAAUGUCCAGGACCAGGACCAGAAGAGGUUCUUCAGGAUCCCCCAGGACCCAGCCCGGAUAAAGGUCUGGUUAGCAGCGCUGCGGGAGCCCCACACUCAGCAAUGGACGGAGGAGCAUAUGAUCUGUGAGGAGCACUUCCUGCCGGAGGACCUCUCCCCCAGCGGAGUGAGUCCAGAUGCCAUCCCCAUCAUGCCCCCCUGCCUGGAGGAAGAGAUGGGCAUGGGGGAGUGGGCUGAGGAGGAGCAAGAGGAGGACUGGGGGGCAGGGGAAGCUGAGGAGCAGGAGGAGGACUGGGGGACAGGGGAGGCUGAGGAGCAGGAGCAGGGCUGGGAUGCUGGAGAAACAGAGGAGGAGGCGAUGGAGGAGGUAGAGGAUGAAGCAGCCCAUGUGGAGAUCCAGGAGGAGGAGGUGACCAUGACGGAAGACACACACACGGUGAGAAUCUUGCAUGUGAGCCAAUAG